UAAGAGGGGCUACGUCCCAGCUGCAUGCCUGACUUUCUACCAUUGGGGUCUGUUUAAUGCAGUCAAGCAUUGUCCUCCUCCAAGGCUUCCAAAAUGUGGGUGCCCCAAAAGAAGGCUCUACGCUGAGUCCGAAAUACUCUGCCUCAGGCUAUGGCCACCGUUCCUACCACCUCUCCAGCCGAGUUGUCAAUGGUGAGAACGCGGACCCCUGCAACUGGCCCUGGCAGGUCGCCUUGAAGUAUAAGUACUCUGGGACCUACCACCUCACCUGUGGGGGCACCCUCAUUGACGCCGACUGGGUUGUGACCGCGGGCCACUGCAUCUCGAGCUCCCGGACCUACCAGGUGGUGUUGGGCGACUAUAACCUGGCUGUGACGGAGGGCACUGAGCAGGUGAUCCCUAUUAAUAAUGAGAACAUCUUCGUACACCCAGACUGGAACUCCGACUGCGUGGCCUGUGGCAAUGACAUCGCCCUCAUCAAGCUCUCGAGCAGCGCUGAGCUGGGAGACAGAGUCCAGCCUGCCUGCCUUCCUCCUGCUGGUGACAUCCUGACCCAUGACACACCCUGCUACAUCACUGGCUGGGGACGUCUCUCCACCGGCGGGGAACUCCCAGACAUUCUGCAGCAGGCCCUGCUGCCCGUGGUGGACUAUGAACACUGCUCCCAGCGUACCUGGUGGGGCUCCACCGUGAAGGAGACCAUGGUGUGUGCCGGCGGGGACAUCCGUUCCGGCUGCAAUGGUGACUCUGGAGGACCCCUCAACUGCCCUGCAGAGGAUGGCACCUGGCAGGUCCACGGUGUGACCAGCUUUGUUUCUUCCCUUGGCUGCAACACCCUCAGGAAGCCCACAGUGUUCACUCGGAUCUCAGCCUUCAUCGACUGGAUCGAGGAGACCAUAGGCAAAGAACUAGGAUCAACAUGCCCACGGAAGUGCUGCCUCAACAUCAAUUGUAUAGAAUAAAGAUCUCUCAGAA